CAGAAGGAGAGGAUAAAAUUAUUGUUCUGAAAUUACGGAUUUAAAUAAUGAAAAUAGUCUUUUGUAAUGUUUGACUGUGUAUAAUAGAUUUAAUAUGAUCGGCUGAGAAUUGAUGGAGUAAACAUCUAUAUAAAGGACUGCUGUGUCCAAUGUGAUUUAUUGAAUUGCCAGUAUGAUUGGAUUCUUUGAUGAGGCUCUGUAUUAACGAAUGUGGUCCGAUUUGUUUUGGAAAAAAAAAUGACAAACCAAGUAAUAUCGAACCUGGACGAUCGAUUUUCAUUAGUCGGGGUAAUUGCGAAGCAUGUGUGGUGGAUGGUCUAAAAAUUUAGUAUUAUGUGGUUAUGUAUUCUAUUUAGUUCAAAAAAUUUGAUAAAUGCGUUGUCGUUGGGCAUAAGACAGAUUCGUUUUGUGAUUCAUAUCGAAAUUUGCAUGACAGAAAGUUCAGAAUAAAACUUGACUUUUGACAGUUCUCACCGGACCCUUUUCACACUUGCCAUGGGCGGUAGGUUUAGGUCUUCUAUGUCUUGAAACAGGGCAGGGCGCCUAGGAAACGGACAAGGAGGCAGCUCGGGCGGCAGUGGGGCUCCUCCCCUUCUGCGGAGCGCAAUACGAAGCUGCAGAGUAAAGCAACCACCACAGGGAGGCUCAAAUCGAGUCGCGAAGAUAUCAAAAGGGAGCGGUGCAGCUUUGCUCCCCGGCGGCUGUCGUGUCCAUGGGCGGAGGCGCAUCGAGGUGGAGGAGAGCGGCGAAGCGGAUCGGCUUCCCCUGCGGCGCUUCCUUCUCCAAUGACAUUCCUCCCAGAACAAUCUCAAGCUCGGCCGUCAGUUUGAAAACGGAGGAUGAAGAAGGAAAGCCUGGGGAAGGGGGAACAGGAUUAAAAGGUGCUUAUGAUAAGAGAUUGUGUCCCAUUUGCUUGGAGCCUCUUAGCUGUGUCGAUGGAAGUACAGACCCUGCGAGCAACCAAAAGAUCUUCACCGCUCAAUGUAUGCAUGUUUUUCACUUUCAAUGCAUUGCAUCCAACGUUCGGCACGGCAGUGUCACAUGCCCCAUCUGUCGGGCACAAUGGUCACAGCUCCCGCGAGAGUUAACCAUACCCUCCAUCAACAACUCCGAUCCCAUUCUCCGUAUCUUGGAUGACUCAAUUGCCACUUCCCGCUUCAACCGUCGAUCCUUCCUCCAUACCACUCACUACAAUGAUGAUGACCCUGUUGAAUUUGAAGCUACCACUGAAGCUGGUAACCGCCGCCUCCGCCUUACCAUCAUUCCUGCGCUACCACGAACAGCUUUGUCUCCAAGGCAGAACACUUCGCCGAAUAGGCAGAAGAGGGCUUACCUAUCGGUAAAACUCUCUUACCAACAGGCAACUGAUCUUGUUCUCGUCGCAAGUCCAAACGGUCCUCAUCUUAGGUUGCUCAAGCAAUCCAUGGCCCUUGUUGUAUUCUCUCUUCGGCCAAUUGACAGAUUAGCAAUUGUCACCUACUCGACCACUGCCACUCGUGCGCUUCCUCUCCGUCGGAUGUCUUCUCAAGGGAAGCGGGCAGCACUACAAGUCAUCGACCGCAUAUUCUACCUCGGUGAAGCUGAGCCUGCUGAAGGUCUCCGCAAGGGCCUCAAGAUACUUGAGGACCGGGCACACCACAAUCCACUGGCUAACAUCCUCCAUCUCUCGGAUAGCCCAACCCGAAGCUACGUAUGCAGGGAUCUGCAAUUCCCUAUCCCCAUUCACAGAUUCCAUAUCGGUUUUGGAUUUGGAAUGUCUAAUGGGUUGGCGAUGCACGAGUUUGAGGAGUUCUUAGCUAGGUUGCUUGGAGGCACAAUAAGGGAGACCCAAUUGAGGAUAGGAGCUGAAGGUGGGUGGAUAUCGUUGGGAGACCUGAGGGGUGGGGAAGAAAAGAGGAUUCCACUGGACUUGGCAGAUGACUGUGGGUUCCUUUCCGUUAGCUAUAGCUACGUUGAAGGAGGUGUGGAACAAAGGCUAAGCACAGGAGAAGUGGUGGUUGGCACAGAGAAAAAUGACCAAAAUGACGGCCGUCAGUCUGAGAUUGGAGGGAGCGAUCCCGGCAUCAGCACAGGAAGUAGUGACUCUAUCCAGAGGUGGGGGUACCUUGAUCCAUUCAUGGCUCGAAGAUGGGCAAAGCAUCUGCACGGAUGUAAGGCAUGAUCAUGUUAAUAUGUGUUUGCAGCUGUAAGAAGGCUCCACUUCAGAUGCCGGGUGAGGUUCAUCAGUCGAGUUACUUGAAAGACUCAUCUCGACUCUCAUAGAUCGCCAUGGUUUUGGACAUCGAGAUCCUCAUCUUUGCGCAUCACCGCAUGGUCUAUCAUCGCUGUGUAAGAAGAUACUUUGAUAUUCUUCUAUUCUUUUUUCGCCUCUUCCUGACACCAUUUUUAACUAUCAACAGUGUGGAUAUUGGUCUGUUUAAACUUGUUUUAAAGCAGUAAUGAUUUCCUUCCAAGUUGUGGCAGUGUAUUUUGAAUA